UCCCUCUCUCCUCAUUAGCCUGUCUCUCACCUCGCUACAAGCAAUCAAAAGCAACAGAAAGGGUUUUAUUGGCUCUCUCUCUCCCCGUUAACUCACACCGAUCAUCCAUGGCAAACAACUCUGGUUCUGAUUCUGGCCACAAUCUCUCCGUCGCGCCUCCUCACCAGAUCUCCAAAGAUGCUCUAGGAUCUGACAAUCCUAUUCCUCUUUCACCACAAUGGCUUCUGUCAAAGUCAAGUGAGAAUAAGUCUGGAGUAGGAACUGGGGAAAGCCAUUUCAGUUCAUAUCCAGCUCAUGGCAAUCGCUUGGAGAACAUGAAGUUAUCAGGGAGUGGUGAGGAAAUGCAUGAUGUCCAGAAGAAAAAGGAUGUUUUCCGGCCCUCCUUGCUUGAUAUGGAAACUGGUCGCCGUGAUCGCUGGCGUGAUGAAGAAAGAGACACCAAUUCCUCCUUGCUACGCAAAGAUCGUAGGAGGGAUGGAGAUAAAGAACUUGGUGACACCCGCCGGAUGGGCUGGGUGGAGAAUUCAUCAAACAGACAUUAUGAAUCACGCCGUGCCCCUUCUGAGCGCUGGACUGAUUCAAGUAACAGAGAAAUUAAUUACGAUCAGCGGCGAGAGAGCAAAUGGAACACACGCUGGGGCCCUGAUGACAAGGAGACAGAAAGUGUACGCGACAAGUGGAUUGACCCUUCCAGAGAUGGCGACAUGCCUCUCGAAAAAGGGUUGGCUCAUCUUCCUGGUCAUGGAAAGGAUGAGAGGGAGGGUGAUCAUUACCGGCCAUGGAGAUCCAACUCCUCCCAAAGUCGUGGAAGGGGAGAGCCUCCUCAUCAUCAAACUUUAAUGGCAAAUAAGCAGGCUCCUAUAUUUUCCCAUGGCCGUGGACGUGGGGAAAAUGCUCCUACCUUCUCCGUUGGCCGAGGAAGGUUGAAUACUGGCGGAAGCACUCUGAACACAAUUUCUACUCAUUCACAAUCUUGGGGAACCAUCUUAGACAAGGGUGAAAAUGGCCCAUUAAGAUAUAGUAGGACAAAGUUGCUUGAUGUGUACAGAAUGACUGACAUGAAAUUAGUUAACAAGCUCUUAGAUGGGUUUGUACAAGUGCCUUCUCUCACACAGGAAGACACCCUGGAGCCAUUGGCACUCUGUGCUCCAAAUACUGAGGAAAUGGCUGUUUUGAAAGGUAUUGACAAAGGUGAAGUUGUAAGUAGCGGUGCACCUCAGUUAUCCAAAGAUGGAUCCUUGGGACGGAACUCAGUGGAUGUACAACUAAGACGAGCCAAACUUGGCAGCAGAGAAGAUGUGUCAUUUUCUGUUGACAAUUCGAAGGAUGAAAGUAGUGACAAUUCAAAAGGUGGUUAUGGAAAUUAUAUGGAGGGAUCGUCCCUUGAAAGGAAGACACUGCAUCAUGGAUCCAGUGCAGAACUGGAUCCUGCACUGGAGCAUAAGACAAUUCAUGAUAUGAAGUUGAAAGCUGAAGCUGUCAAAGAAGAUACUGGUUUUUACAGAAGGGCUGAUGAGGCACCUACAAAUAGGGAAUCAAGUUUGCAGGAAAAUAAUUCCGUGCAUCCUAGCACUCCUUGGCAAACCCAUGCACUGGGAGAACAGUUGCAUAUGGUCUCACAUGACUGGAGAGACCUUUCAAGUGAUAACAGGUCAAGAACCCCUGAGACUGGUUGGAAUCAACCUCAGAAGGAUCUGGAUAAUCAAUGGCAAAGUAAUUUGGUUAACACACCAUACUCCAAGGAUGAAGCAAAAUGGCAAGCCAAUGAGGAUCCUAUCAUUAAGAGGCAGCCAUCUAUAGUUAUGGAUAGGGAACAAGAAGCUAAGCUUUCCCAGCCCCCACCAGAGAAUCUAGUUCUUUACUAUAAAGAUCCCCAGGGUGAAAUUCAAGGUCCUUUUUCUGGCAGUGAUAUUAUCGGAUGGUUCGAGGCUGGAUAUUUUGGGAUAGAUUUGCAAGUUCGGCUUGCAAGUGCAUCAAAGGAUGCGCCCUUUUCAUUACUUGGUGAUGUCAUGCCUCAUUUGCGAGCCAAGGCGAGACCACCACCUGGAUUUAGCAUUCCAAAACAAACUGAAUUCGCUGAUGCAUCGAGUAGACCUAACUUAAGUAGCUUUAGUAACCUUCAUUCUGGUUUAAGUGAGAUAGAUCUGAUACGAAAUGAGCCAAGGCCGAAAUCUGGUUCGACAACGGAAGCAGAAAAUAAAUUCUUGGAAUCACUGAUGUCUGGAAAUAUGAGCAAUUCAUCUCAAGGUUUGCAAGGAUUUAUCGGGAACAACACUGCUAAUAUUUCACCAUUGGGUGUUGAUGGUGGAAAUGACAUGUAUCUUUUGGCAAAGAGAAUGGCAAUUGAACGUCAGAGGUCAUUACCGAGUACUUACCCAUAUUGGCCAGGAAGAGAUGCUGCAUCUGUGGCUUCAAAGCCAGAGGUUCUCUCAGAUUCUCCAAUGCCACAUGCAAAGCUCUUAUCUUCGUUGACUGACAACCCUCGUCAGCCCCCUCAUGCUCAAAAUGCUGAGCUGAUGUCUGUCCUCCAAGGCUCUGCCCCUGGAAUUAAUAAUGCUGUUACUGGCUGGUCCAAUUUCUCGAUCCAAGGUAACUUGGAUCCCCUUCAGGAUAAAAUUGACUUGCAUCAAGCUCAGAAUUUUCCCACACAAGCUUCCUUUGGGCAACAACAGAGGCUACAGUCGCAGAAACCACCAUCUUUAACAAAUUUACUCGGACAAGCUAUAGAUAAUCCAUCUGGUAUUUUGGCACCUGAGUCAUUGCUCUCCUCUGGCUUAUCUCAAGAUCCACAGUUCCUAAAUAUGUUGCAACAGCAGUACUUGCUGCAAUUACAUUCCCAAACUCCUCUUCCAACACAUCAGCUAUCAAUGUUGGAAAAGCUUUUGCUAGUUAGGCAGCAACAGAAACAAGAAGAGCAGCAACACUUGAUACGGCAGCAGCAAUUACUUUCUCAGGCGCUGUCAGAGCAUCAUUCUCACCAACGUUUCGGUGAGCCACCUUAUGGACAAUUCCUUACCUCUGCAAUAGCUACAGGAAAUAUACCUGUUGAUCCUUCUCGGCUCAAACCAUCAAAAGAAAUGCUGCAAAUUGGUUCUCAGAUACCAGUUUCAACUGUGCAAGAUGAACAUUCUCCAAGUUUGAUGAAUUUGCCUCAAGUUACCCAGGAUGUCAGGUAUAAUGUUGAUGCUGGAGCGUCUUCUUUCCAACUUCCUCAUCAAAUAUUUGGGAAUAUUAAUAGUCAAAAGAGUUGGGAUACUACUCUUCCUGAACAAAUUAAUGAAAUCCAUGAGGAGUCUUUGCUGGAACCAUCGCUUGUAGAGAUGUCUUCAUCUCUAGGGUCAAUGGACAAAUCUUCACAGGAACCUUCCCAUGCACAUGAGCCUCUCCUUGCUUCUGCUUGCCUUACUCCUCUUUCUGUGGAGCAGAUAUUAGAAGACACACGAACAACUGAAAAAGCUUUGAAUGUUGCAAUACCAGAGGCUACAACAGGUACUGCACAGCUGGAGUCUCCUGGAAUCUCCUUUACUAAUCCUCUAUCAGGAACUUGUGAGGACGAAAUUACAAAGCCUCAACUACCCUGCGUUAUGAAAGUUCAGCUGGAUGGUACUCUCAGCGAGCAGCAAGUUGAAAAAGAAAGGAGCACUGAUGAUCCUGCUAUAGUGGCUGAAGUGAAAAAUAUUGAAGUUCGAGAGGUAAGAAAAGCUUCUGAGAAAAAAUCCAGAAAGCAAAAAUCUGCUAAAUCCAGCUCUAUUGACCAGGUAAAGGGAACAUCAAAGAAUUCCUCGUUGCAGCAGAUAAAGCAAUCAGAAAGUGAAGGCCCAAAUGCCGAGGACAGCAAAUUUGAGCCUCAGAAUGGAACGGGGGAAACUCUUGCUGACACAUCCCUAGAAAAGAUAAGACACCAGAAAUCUGGAAUUUCUUCUGUGGAAAUUAAAGAUUCCCAACAAGUUAAUAGUUUAUUGUCUUCAAGAAUUUCUGGAGAUGCUGAAGUCACAGGAGACAAGGAUGAAUCUAAGCCAGCUGGUUCUGUUCCGAUGCAGGCACAUCCUGCUCAGCGAGCAUGGAAACCUGCUCCUGGUUUUAAACCAAAAUCAUUGUUGGAAAUUCAACUGGAAGAACAGAGAAAAAUGCAGACAGAAAUGACAGUUUCUGAAAUUACCACUAGUGUUAGUUCCAUGAAUUUGUCAGUUCCUUGGGCGGGUGUUGUGGCCAGUUCUGAAUCAAAGAUUCCUAGAGAAACUCAGAGAGAUGUGAAUACUACUGAGUUAAACAUGGUAAAACAAGAAAUUUCACCGAAGGCAACGAGCAGGAAAAGCCAGUUACAUGAUCUACUGGCAGAAGAAGUUUUGGCAAAUUCUAAUGACAGAGAGUUGGAGGUUCCUGACAAUUUUUUUGAUCCUUCCCCACAAUUAAUGACAACCAUUGUGGAACCUAUAGAUGCUGACAACUUUAUUGAGGCUAAAGAUACUAAAAAGAGUCGUAAAAAGUCUGCUAAAGCUAAGGGUAGCGGAGCUAAGGCCAUGGCACCUACAACUGCUGACGUGCCUGUUUGUUCAAUUCCCAUUGAAAAAGGAAAAAGUUCUCGCCUGGUGCAACAAGAGAAGGAAGUGUUGCCUGCAAUUCCAACAGGCCCUUCUUUAGGAGAUUUUGUUUUCUGGAAAGGGGGGCAGUCAACAACUUCUUCCCCUUCUCCAGCAUGGUCUACUGACACCAAGAAGGUUCCUAAGCCCACAUCUUUAAGGGAUAUCCUAAAGGAGCAGGAGAAGAAGGUUUCUUCUGUCCAGCCUCAGAAUCAUAUAUCUACUCCUCAGAAGUCCCAACCAACUCAGGUGACACAUGGAAGUGGUCCUUCAUGGUUGCUUUCUGCUGCUUCUCCCUCUAAGGCUGCAUCUCCUAUCCAGAUCAAUUCUGCUCAGUCAAAAUAUAAAGGAGACGAUGACCUAUUCUGGGGCCCAAUUGAUCAGUCUAAGCAAGAAACUAAGCAGUCAGAGUUCCCUAAUCUAGGGAGCCAAGGCAGUUGGGGAGCCAAAAACACUCCUGUAAAAGGAACUUCACUAAGCCGACAAAAAUCCAUGGGUGGCAGGCAUGCUGAGCAUUCUCUUUCAUCCUCACCUGCCUCAGUUCAGUCAUCUCUUAAAGGGAAAAGAGAUGCAAUUAGUAAACAUUCAGAAGCCAUGGAUUUCAGAGAUUGGUGUGAAAGUGAGUGUGUCAGACUUGUUGGCACAAAAGAUACAAGUUUCUUGGAGUUUUGCUUGAAGCAAUCCAGAUCGGAAGCUGAGAUGCUUCUGAUAGAGAAUCUUGGAUCAUUUGAUCCUGAUCACGAGUUCAUUGACAAAUUCCUGAACUAUAAAGAGUUGUUACCAGCUGAUGUUCUCGAAAUUGCCUUUCAGAGUCGGAAUGAUCGGAUGGCCACUGGGUUCAGUGCCAGAGACAUGAAUUCUGACCAUGCAAGCAAUAGGGAUUUCGACCAUGAUAUGACUCUGGGAAACGAUGGGUCCUCCAAGGGUGGAGGAAAGAAGAAAGGGAAAAAAGGCAAGAAGGUCAGCCCUGCUGUCUUGGGUUUUAAUGUUGUCAGUAACCGGAUCAUGAUGGGUGAGAUUCAGUCAGUGGAAGAUUAGGAGAGAAAUCGAAAGGCACUUGUAAAUACAUUUUCGUUCAAUUUGUCUGUAAAUGUUCUGUUAGGAUUUUUGUUUCCAUCAUAGCAACCAUAGCAGUACUAAUUUAUCUGCUCGGGCGAUUUUGUGGUAGAGUUCCCUGCUAGUCAGUCUUGGAACACUUGAGCGAGGCCUAUUUAUGAGAUCCAAGUUAACGUUGAUUCAUACCUUUUGUUCUUUAUAUUUAAGUUUCAGUGCUCUUUUCAA